GAUGCAAACAGGAAUGGUGGCUCCCUGACCGUACAUGUGGCUCCUGAGACAGAAAACCUGCUCCAUAACUCCACAUUAAUUUAUUAAAUAUCCUUAAAACUAACUGGAGUCUGGUGGAAGCGAAGCUGCGAGCAGCUCUGACAGGAACUAAAGAUGCAGCACGACGACGUUAUCUGGGACAUUAUUGGGAACAAACAGUUUUGCUCCUACAAAGUCAAGACGAAGAGUCAGAACUUCUGUCGGAACGAAUACAACAUCACCGGACUCUGUAACCGCUCAUCAUGUCCACUGAGCAACAGCCAGUACGCUACUAUCAGAGAGGAGAAGGGUCAGUGUUUCCUCUACAUGAAGGUGAUAGAGAGAGCAGCGUUUCCUGCCAGGAUGUGGGAGAAGGUGAAGCUGAGUAAGAACUAUGAGAAAGCUCUGGAGCAGAUCGAUGAGAAUCUCAUCUACUGGCCUCGCUUCCUGAGACACAAAUGUAAACAGAGAUUCACCAAAAUCACUCAGUACCUGAUCCGCAUGCGCAAACUGGUGCUCAAGAGACAGAGGAAGUUGGUUCCUCUGAGCAGGAAGGUGGAGAGGAGAGAGAAGAGGAAGGAGGAGAAAGCCCUGGUGGCCGCUCAGCUGGAGAACGCCAUCGAGAAGGAGCUGCUGGAGCGCCUCAAACAGGGAACGUACGGAGACAUCUACAACUUCCCCGUCCACGCCUUCGACAGAGCGCUGGAGCAGCAGGACGAGGAGAGCGAGGAAGAGCAGGAGGAGGAGGAAGAGGAGGAGGAGCAGGACGACAAGGACGUCGGACAGAGAGAGUUCGUCGCUGAGGAUGAAAUCGAGGAGAGCGACCUCAGUGACUUUGAGGAAAUGAACAACCUGAAGACGAGCAGCGACGAGGAGGAGCAGGACGACGAAGAGGAGUCCAGUGAGGAGGAGGAGAUGGAGGAGGAGGAGGAGCAGACGAAGACCAAGUCUAAAGGAAAGUCUCCUGCUAAUGGCGCGGUGGCGAGGAAGAAGCGAGCGUACGUGGAGAUCGAGUACGAGACAGAACCCGCCGCCAAGACCCGGGCCACACUGUGAUGUCACAGCUGCUGAGGACACGCCCCUCAGAGACUGUAUAUACAUGAUGGACUCACAGAUCUGACCUGAGAUCAGAUUUAUGCUGCCACAGUGACUUUCAGAAUAAAACAACUUUGUUUUUGUUUGUUUUGUUAAAUAUUGAUCCCUAAUGAUCAGAAACAUGUCAAUAAAUACAUUUUAGAAAAA